GCUUUGCGGCAAACCGCUCACCGCAGAUGAGAGGCAACAUGUGAGAAAGAAGUUCAUCUUCACUUCACAAUUGCUUCAUGUGUAAAAGAAUCGAUCCGGUUCUGGCACCAUGCACGAACGGUGUCUCCCUCCCUCUCCGAACUGGUACUGCUCCCGCUGCAGUGACGUCAACAGCAGCGGUUUGUUCGGUGUCGGAGCUAAAAAUGUCAUUUACCUGAUAGAAGCCUCUGCGACCUGCUGCAGAGUCGUGGGUGAACUGGUCGGUCACAAGAACCUGGUGUCCGGCUUUUCCUUCUGCCAUCACGAGGGUCAGCGUCACAUGUGCGUCAGCUCUGCCACUGAUGGGACUCUGCUCUACUGGGACGCGGGCUCCAGGACCCUGCUGGAGGAGCACGCAGCGCAUCAGAACCCAGUGGCGGCAGUGCACUGGUCCCCAGUGGAUAAGAACCUGGUGGUGUCGGGGGACGAGAAGGGAAUUGUGGUGUGUCGCUGGCUUCACACUAGAGACACUGUCAGCUUCUUUCCUGAGCCCAGAACCAUCUUCUGCCUGACCUGCUCGCCACAUUCAUGGAGCUGCGUCGCCAUCGGGUACAAAGAUGGCAUGAUCGUGUUGGUGGACGUCAGUAAGAAAGGUCAGGUGACGCACCGUCUCCGCGGACAUGACGACGAGAUCCACUCGCUGGUUUGGUGUCCGCUGGAGAACCAAGACUCCUUGUUCCCCGGCUACAGCAACACAGAAGUCUCGGACGAUCAGAUGAGCAGCUACCUGGCUUCUGGAAGCAGAGACCAGACAGUGAGGAUCUGGAGCACCACAAAGGGCAAAGUUGUGACGACUUUGAAGCUCCCGUUCCUGAAGAAGCGAGGCUCGGCUGUCGACCCCUCGGUCAAAGAGAGGCUAUGGCUCAACGUCCACUGGCCCAGCAGUCGACCCAUGACCCUGGUCACCAGCUGCUUCGGAGGCGAGCUGGUGACGUGGGACUUGUCCCGGCUGGGGAAACAGAGGUGGACUCUGCUGGGGACGUCGGGCGAGAGUCAGAACCACAGCAGGAUCGUCUUCAACAUGAGUUCUGUGCACCUGCAGGACAAAGAUCUGCUCAUCAGCACCUCCAUGGACCGCGAGGUCAAGUGUUGGGACCUGGAGAGUCUGGACUGCUGCUGGACGCUGCCCACGCUGGGCGGCUUCGUCUACGCUCUAACCUUCGCCCCCGUGGCCACCGGGUGCCUGGCGCUGGGUGUGGGGGACAACAGCAUCCGGGUCUGGAACACACUGGCCACACAGAACCAGUACGAGACCAGAACCUUCUGGCAGGGACUCAAGUCCAAAGUGACCGCGCUGUCAUGGCAUCCUCUGAAGGAAGGAUCCUUGUCAUUUGGAACGGACGACGGGAAGGUGGGGAUCUACGAUGUCUUCUCUAACAAGCCUCCUCAGGUGUCCAGCUCCUACCACAAGAGGACGGUCUACACUCUGGCGUGGGGACCUCCAGUUCCCCCACUGUCCUUCGGUGCUGCAGGAGGAAAACCGACCUUCAGCUUGUACAGCUGCGGCGGUGAAGGCGUCAUCCUGCAACACGAUCCGACCAAACUGAGCGGCGAUGCGUGCGACAUCGACAGGCUGAUCCGAGACACCAACAACAUCAAGCACAAACUGUCUCCUCACACCGACCUCACCUGGAAGCCAGAUGGGAAAGUCGUCGCCAUUGGCAACGAGGACGGGUGUAUCGAGAUCUACCAGGCUCCCAACCUGAAGCUGCUCUGCAGCAUCCAGCAGCACCACAAGAUCAUCAACGUGCUCCGGUGGCACCACCAGCACGACCAGCUGCACGGCCUCCUGGCCUCAGGCUCCAGCAAUGCCGUCGUCUACGUGCACGACCUGCGCUCGGUGAUCGAGACCCCUCCUGAGGCUCCGCUGGUGCUGACUGAGCCGCACCGCAGGUUAGCGGGUCACACAGCCAAGAUCACCAACAUGGCCUGGAGUCCUCACCACAGCGCCCGGCUCGCCACCGUGUCGUACGACGGGACGGCUCAGGUGUGGGACGUCCUGCAGGAGGCGCCGCUCGCCAACUACCGCGGUCACAUGAGCAGCCUGCUGUGUGUGGACUGGUCGCCCGUGGACCCGGAUCUGGUCUGGACCGGAGGGAAGGACUUCACGCUGCAGGAGUGGAGGGUCUCUGGGCAGGAGUUCAGCAGACCUCCCAAGGGUAAGAAGAUGGUGGAGCUGCAGGAGAAGAACAAGAAGAAGAACACGAAAAAGACGAGCAAGAAGACGUCAGAACCGGCGGCAGACAACAACGCUGGCUCGGGCCCGGUGGCUCCGGAGGCGUCUGAUGAAGACGACGCCAGCUCCGCCAGCAGCUCCGCCCCUCCCCCCGUGGCUGCGGUCAAGAGCAGAGAUCGAGCUAACCGUGUGCCUGUGUCAGACAUAAACCAGCUGAAGAAGAAGAAGGCUCGCUCCAUGCUGCCCAUCACCUCGUCCAUGGACAACCGCCCGAAAGAAGACCUGCUGCAGGACUGUGUCAUCCUGGCGCAGGUGACUCAUGGUCCAGCGCCUCCUGCUGGCUGCACACCCGGCCAAGGGGAUCAUAUCCACCUGGGUCUGUUCUCGGACCGUCCGGCUCUGAUCCGCCUGCUGCAGGAGGAAGAGCAGGGUCACCUGGACGCUGGACACCUGGACUCUGUGGUCUACCUGCGGCUGUGGAGUGGCGACCUGGAGGGGGCGCUGCAGCUGGCCACGGAGAGAGGAGAGCUCAAUGACCAUCUGCUCUCUAUCGCCCCCAUGGCUGGAUUCAGGAUCUGGUCUCGGGCGGUGGACUCAUACGUGCAGCAGCUGUGUCUACAGGAGCAGCACCUGAAGGCGGCUUCACACUUGCUGUCCAUCAACAAGGUGCAGCAAGCCAUCGAACUGCUGCGAGACCACAAGCUGUACCGGGAGGCCGUCGCCCUGGCCAGAGCCCGCCUGCCUGCGGACGACCCGGUUCUGACAGAGCUCUACUCCCUCUGGGGCUCGGCCCUGGAGAAGUCGGGUCAUUUCUCGGCUGCAGCUAAAUGCUUCAUCGCCACAGGCUCCACGUUUGACGCCGCCAAAGUGGUGGCCCGAAAGAACGACCCGGCCUCACUGAGGGCUGCUGCUGCUCUGGCCCGGAUCUCAGGCGAGGAAGUUCUGGCCCGGUCACUAGCGCUCCGAUGUGCCAAAGAUCUGGCUGCCUCUCACGACUGGGUUCAAGCUCAGGAGGUGUUGAGCUUGCAGCCCGGCAUGCUGGCACAUCGCUUGCAUUUGUGCGUGGCCGAGCUGCUCACCAUAGAGCUGGACCCUCCGACUACCACCCGGGUCUCCAGUCACUGCUGGGCGGCACCAGGUCCGGGUCUAUUUUUGGACCGGAUCAAAGACGUAUGGGACCGGCACUUUGGUGUCUCUAGGGAUUCGUAUGGACCCUGUGGGGUUGAAUCUCUGCUGCAGGAGCUCCAGAGUGUUGAGAGUCCAGAACCCAGCGCCAACACUCCACUCCGACAGGUCAUCCUGCAGGUGUCGCUGCACCUAUCCCGCAGCAUCCUGACCAGCCUGCUGGAUGACCCGGGACAGUCGGUGAAGGAUUUAUGGCGCGCCGUGUCCUGGCUGAUGGACUCGGGACACUGGGGUCACUGUGCUCGGCUCUGCAUCAUUCUCUUCCCAGGAAACACCCAAGUUGGGUCUGGUCCACAAGUCACAGAGGUUUCUGAAGAUGCAGGAGCUGCCAGCUCCAGCCUUCAGGCUCUAGUCUACUACCAUCGACUCUACCAGAUCUGUUGGACGGGCUCCGCUGGACCUGCCAGGAUCCAGAACGGACAUCCUGCUUCUGAUGUGGACACAUGUCCUGAAGACCAGGUCCAGAAUGGUGUUCAAGAACCGCCACUCAGCUUGGACUUUGACCUGUUGCUGCUUCUGUCGGAGCCCCACGCCGCCUGUCAGAGCUGCCUCAAGUCCAUGACGCGGAUCAGAGAGCAGUUGGGCCAGAUGGUUCUGCAGCACAGCCUGGUCCAGCCAGAGGACCUGAAGGAGAGUCAGGACAAGCGUGCCGCUGCAGAACAGAGCGCCAAUGAGCCCGAGUCAUUCCUCUCACUGUCCAUGAAGAUGUCUGAACUUCAGAAGCAGCUGGAUGAUGUGCCCGACACCAUAAAGCUCUUCUCUCGUCCAGAUGUUAUGGAAUGUUCCCUGGUCCUGCUGCACCUCAGCAGAACCUCGCCCUCCGUGCCUGAGGCCCUGCAGAACCGCGCCAAAGACCUGCUGCAGCGAUACGGCACCGACCCGGCAAUUCUGAAGGCAGCGAAGAGAUUCCUGCACUGAAGAUCUGCGACCUCAAGCACUUGCUCUGUACAGAUGUUUCUAUAGUCCACAACUUUUGUUAUGAAAUAAAGACGUCUGCAACGUCCCGAUUAA